CAACUACAAACAUCAUGAAGUUCGUGACGAAAUCCCUUGCAGGGCUGUAACACUUGAAGUUCUGACACCUCCUCAAGCUAAAACUUUUGCACUCUUUGGAUAUGGAGUCGAUUCUGUUGAUCGAUGGAACAGAAGAGGGCGAUCUAUCUAACAAUCCUCAGUCAUCCGAAUACACAUAUACCGAACUGCGCGAGCUGGGCUUGCGAAUCUACAAAGAAGUCUGGAAACAAUUUUACGAAUGGGAACCAAGGGAGUGCCGACAAAUCAUCCACGCUUUGGCCGGCCGGCGGGUCCCCGGAGAAAGGGAAAACUAUAAUAAGACGAUAGAUCAGCUACUUGACCCCGGGACUCUUCAAGAUUCGGAGAUGCGGAUCGACUCAGAGAGCCCAAACCAACCUUUGCUGGUAGUGACCCAGUACGAUGCCGAGGGUCGAGGCAUAUCAUACCCAUUAGAGAUAGAGGAAAUCUCGGUCGAUUCUGCUUUUGAGGCCCACCCUUCUUACGAGUCUUGUCCACCAAUCAAUCAGAGCAUUCAAAAAUUGAGAGUGCAUGAUGCAGCUGCAUUCAUUCCGUAUGGCGAUGAGGAGAAAUUCCCUGUCAUGGAACAUCUAGACAACUUUGAGUCGUUCGCAUGGGAAGAAGACUUUGAUCCAGACUCGGAAAUGAUCCAAAUAGAAACUGUCCGCCGACUGCACAACACUUCGAAUAUCUCGAUAACGAACAUUGAUCGGAUGCGCAUAUUCCCCAAAUCACUCCGUGAAUCGUACAAAGAUGGUCUUCUAUGGCAAAGAUUUCAGCGCGAUUUCCUUCGCUGGCCUGGUGGAACUGAGGAUGAUAUGGAGGGGGCCUGCAUCGAGCCUGCACCUGAUGAACUCCAUAAGAGGUUGUCAUCUGUUCUUGCGACAUUUUGUCCAAACCUUAAUUGUCUGCGAACUCUGUGCACAACCCAUAAGCAUCCUCAGUUCGGGUCGUUCGGAGGUGGGAGGCCCAAGGUGACAAAUCAAAGCAUGCGACUCAGCGAAGGAGAGCCCUGCGGUGAAGAAUGUUUCCGUCUAACAGACGAAUCUUACAUGGACAAAGUCUAUUGGGAGAAUGAAUCCGACCUAGAGACAUUGAGAACAAUCUUAUCAAUAUCACCCGAUCUAUUUCCUUGUCAGCUUGCGGAUCUCUGCUUCAAGCCUUGCCGAGAAGUCUUUGUUCAGCGAUCUCACAUAUUUCCUGAUCAUAUGUUAUAUGAUGAUGACCCUGCAGGCGACGUGGAAAGUCAUACAAAGAACAACAAAACAAAGAAAAAGGGCCGAAAGCCUCGUCUCAUUUUUGAAGAAGAAUCUGAUCAUGCAGAUUUUAUCCCGUAAGUUUCUUUGUAUGACCAAACAGAUGUAAAUCAUGGGAUACUUAUGAUGCAGCCUCGAGCCUUGCAAGCAUAAGGGUCCCUGUGAAAAAGACUGGUGUGAAUGCUACCGUCGGAAACGACACUGUCAACUGGCUUGCCGGUGUGGUGUAAAUUGUAAUCGUCAAUAUCGCGGUUGCGAGUGCAAACGUUGCCUUUCAAAUUGCCCGUGCGUUAAAAACGUUCGAGAAUGUUUGCCCGG